UCCGUGUGCGAGCAAGUCGUUCUGCUAAUUUAUUUGUUGAUAUAGACACACAUACGUCUCGCGUGCGUUAUGGAGUAAAUGGAAUAAGUCAAAACUAGCACCUUCGUUGAAUUAAUUUUUUUAAUAAAUAAAACGUUUUUCCAUUUGACGUUAGGUACGUUUUAAACAACAACAUUGAAGAAAAGCCAGUGCGCGUAUUAAAGAGAGCGGCCCCUAACCUCAAUCGUGCGUCUGCUGUACUGGCGGUCUUAAUUUGCUCUGUUUGCAUGGAAAUCUCAUACUUACUUUUUCUAUUUUUAUUGCUCGCAAAAGUAACAGUAAUAUCCUUACUGAGAGUAUAACAUGCGUUUCGGGCUUAUCUCUCUCGUCGUCGAUUUUUCAUUCAUCAAAUCUUAAAUUUCGGAGUCGGAGAGCAGAAAGGAGUCGACAGCGCGCGCACAUUGCAGAGGAAAGUCCAGCGAGACAAAACUCCUGAUCGAGUCCUUCCGCGCCCUUGGUGACAUUGUUUGUGAGGGCGAAGUAAAAGAAAGUUUAAAAGGUUCCACACACACCUCGACAACACCCCAAGAAAGUGUCUGCUGUUGUUUUAUUUGUAAAUCUGAUGUUAUUUAUGGAGGGUCAGCGUGCAAAGACAGUGAUCACUGACAAGCAGAGAGGUAUCAGUCGAAUCAAAGGGAAAUCCCAAAAGUACUGAUGUGAGGGGAGAGGCGAAACAAUAUUUUGCACUCUACGUAUAAGUAGUUUUUUUUUUCCCCUACAAUACGAAGCCUUAGUUGUGCUGCCGUUGUGAACAACGUCAGAGGAAAAAUAUAAUAAAUUAAUACAAGUAACACGAAGCGGGAGGAUUUGCGAGCACAAUGUCGACGGCACUGCUGGCACUGUUCGCAGUCAUCCUCUGCAUCCUCUUCCGGAUCCUGAACGUCAAUAGCGCGCCCCAAAAGCCGACUCUCAUCUGCAAAGAUGAGGCAUUUCUCUCUGCCAUCCUCAAAAUCACGCCCGUCAUAUCUGAACCAUACAAACCAACGAGGCUGUGGGGCUUCAGCGGUCACGUGCAGACAAUUGUCCACAGUAUAAUUGGCAGAGUGCGCUGUCCGUGGCCGAUCGGCGAGCGAGUUUACAUCAAAUUGGCCGACGAGACGACGCUCACCUACGAUCUUUACCAGCCGCUCACGAACGGCCAUGAAGAUGACGUGACGAUAGCGAUAUGUCCUGGUAUCGGCAACAGCUCGGAAUGCGUCUACAUAAGGACAUUCGUGCACUUUGUCCAGUGCCACGGCUACCGUUGCGCCGUACUCAAUCACGUGGGUGCCCUGUCCAGUGUAAAGGUCACCUCGCCCAGGAUCUUCUCUUAUGGUCACACCGAGGAUUACCACAUGAUGCUGAAGAAUCUGUUGGAGAAGCACUCGAACACGAAAAUAGUCUGCGUAGGCUUCAGUCUUGGCGGUAACAUUAUAACCAAGUACUUGGGUGAACAGGGAACCAACAAGCUGUCCAACAUUAUUGGUGGCAUUUCCAUUUGUCAAGGCUACAAUGCCAUUGAAGGCACAAAGUAUCUACUGAACUGGACAAACUUCAGGCGUCUCUACCUCUAUUUCAUGACCGAGUCCGUGAAAAACAUCAUAUUGAGGCACAAGAGCGUACUGUUGUCGGAGGACGUUAAGCAGAGGUUCAAUCUGAACGAAAAGGACAUUGUGUCGGCAGCUACUUUGCCCGAACUAGAUGAAGCGUACACGAGAAAGGUGCACAACUUUAGAUCAGUGAACGAGCUGUACAAGUGGAGCAGCUGCGAGUUCUAUCUUGACAGUAUUGCCACACCCAUGGUAUUUAUCAACGCGAUCGAUGACCCCAUUGUUCCUGAAACAUUGCUCACGCCCAUCAAAGAAUUCGCCGCCACCAAGUCGCAGUCUCUCUACGUCGAAUUGUCCCACGGCGGUCAUCUGGGCUUCUACGAGGGCGGUCUACUCUAUCCGAACCCAAUAACCUGGCUCGAUCGCACCCUCGUCUCUUUGGUCGGUUCUAUAACACUCGCAGCGUCCGAUCGCGCUCUCAAGGCCUUUUAAGCUACGCUUCGCGCACACAUACCUGGAUAAUGAAUCGAGGCCUGCCGUGACGAUGUCACUGCUCGUUGUCGUCGCCGAGGCGCAAGCGUGUCGGCAUUUAUUUGACAGACGAGUCACGGCACAAAAGUAGCUGAUCCGAAAUAAAAAAAAAGAAAAAAAAAAGCAUCAUGCCUCUCGCGAAUGCGUGUGUUGUAGCACGAAAUAGAACGUGAUUGCGAGCGAUCGAUGCGUUCGUGCGCGUGUGUUUUAUUUUUUCAUUCACGCUUUUCAAACGCUGGGCAUGAGAGGUUUUGUCGCGCAAUUUUUUUGCGUCCCGUACUGUUACUAUUACUGUUAACGACUAUUAUUUUUAUCAUUAUUAUAGACUGUGCGAAUUAAUGAGUGUCUUUAUGCGUAUUUUGUGUGGGAGAGUUUGGAGUGAUGGUUCAUCUAGUAGGAGGGGGACGAUGAUUUUUGUUUCAUCGUUCGUCUUUUAAUGUAAAUUGUGUGUUAUCUCAAUGUUUCAAUGGAAAGCGGUUAAUAUUCAAUUGAUGUCGUAGAAAACAAGGAUGUUACAACACACUUUGUUCAGGAUUGAGCGCGUGUCACGUUGCAAAAUUUGAAUUGUGUCAAUUAUUUGUUGACGAAUUUUCAGAAAAAAUGUCUCGGUACGAUACGCGACUGUUUGAUCAGAAUAUAGACUGAAACGACGUUUUGGCUGGCCCAGGAAGAAAAGUACCCGCAAUUGAAUAACCAUACGGCAUUUUACCGAAAAUAAUUACAGCCUAUAUAUAAGUAUAUGAUAUCGAUGUGAAAAUCGUUGUAUUUAUUUAUGUUGCUCAGAUGUAUAAGCAUAUAAAAGGAAAAAAAAAAAAAAACAUUAAAUAACUUAAUCGUGAUUAUCAAUGAUUUAAGUUUUGGGAUGGAACAAUAACGAAUUGCGUUGAUCACAUGUGCGUAAUUCUUUGUUUACAUACAAAAAUUUUCUCGAUGCUGAAUUAAUAUUAGUGAUUGGAUCAUUCCAUCGUGCUCCUCCGAGUCUGUAGAUUUAAAUAGCUCGAUCGUAAUUAUUCCAUUGAUCAUUGAUGUGAAACUUGAGGCUGAUCGAGGAGUGUUCGCGCUCCUAAUGAUCCAUCAUCAUAUUUAGUUUUAAACUGAAAUUAUUAUUUAAAAUACGAAAUAUGAGUAUGAAAAAAUGAUGGACUUUUAUGCAUUUUCUUCAAUUUCCAUUAUUACAACAAUGGAAAUGAAAAAAAGUAAAAAAAAAAAAAAAAAACAUUUUACG